AUGAUGAAGUGGAUCAUGCGGGAUCAAGAAACACCCGUGUGGCCUUCGCUGGGAGAACGGCCAGCCCUUCGAAAGUUGGGGAGUGUGAGCUGUGAAGUUUUGGCGUGGUCUGACGACGAAGAAGACAUGCAUAUUCUUCACACUGAUGAAACAAAACCGUAUGUCAACCUGCCACGGCUGCCACUUCAUUCCGCUUCCCCUUCGACAGAUUCCGAAUACGACUUUUGCAAAAAGUCGGCUAGAAAAAGCAGUGAAGUACCCUCCACUGAGUUAGAAAGCGAGACAGAUGCUACUACAGAUAAUGAAGUCACCUUCCGCGAUAGGGAGCAGAGCACCAGUGAUCGCGAAGCCGAACCAGGCCUGGUCUUCGAAAUUUUGUACAAUUAUGAAGCUCAAAAAAGCGACGAAUUGAACCUGAAGGCGGGCAGUACAGUCAAGCUGAUCCGCAAAACGGAAGAGCAAUCCUGGUAUUAUGGAGAACUUGAAGAUGGAACGCGAGGCUUAUAUCCAGGCAAUUAUGUCAGACUCUUGGGAUCUGACGCGAAAUCUAUCUCUGCUGAAGAGAUCACUGAGCCUCCAACAGGGAAAGAGCUCAUAGGCAGAGGAGCUUGCGCUGAAGUUUACAAAGUCGUUUUCGAAGGAGAGGUAGCGUGUUCUGGUCCUUUAUUUCCGCAGUCAUCAUUACAAGAUGUUUAG